AGUAUCAAUUCGUGCCAUCCUUACCAUUGCCCUAAAUUCAUUAAUCAGUAAUCAGAAUCACAGCAAUUACACGAUAUUCUUGCAACCAUGAAGCAUCGUGACUCCAAAGAUGAAGAGAAAGUCUACAAAAUCAACGGCUCAACUUCAAGCAUGGGCAACAACAGGAAGAAGAAGAAGAACAUGCAGAGAUUGGGAGGGACCGGCCUCUCUCUCGAAGCUUUUGCUAAUGCCAAAUCGAUGAGCAACAAGUACAAUCCAGCAUUCAAAAAGAAGCAAAGGGAGUUCUAUAAGAAUGCUAAGUAUGUGAGCAAGUAUAAGCAGUCUUUGAAGCAACAAAGUCAACAGAUUGAUGCUUUCUCGGCUGUAAGACCCAUAGAGCAGGAUCAAAAUCGAACUAGAGAUGUUGAUGAGAAGAAUAUAAAGAACAAGAAUAAGAAGAAACCAAGUAUGGAAGAAUUGUAUAAGAAGAAGCGUGAAGAAGAAGAGCAGGCAAGAAUAGAGAGGGAGGCAAGUAUUCAAGCAAAGAAGGUAGGGAGAGAAAAGGCUGAAGCUGAAAGGAAAGCAACAAGAGCAAAGAUGUUCAAAAAAACGAAAUAUGGUCAGCCUGUAAUGAAGUACAGGAUUGAACAUCUUCUGCAGACAAUUCAAAGCUCUAGCAGAAUCUCAGUCAAUAACAGUAACUAGUUUGAGAUUCAGCAUCUUUAGCUGUUAUACCUUAUUCAUGAAAUGGUAGCACAAGUUCUGUUGAUAAGAAAUCUUCAACAAUUUUGUCAAAACAGGAUAGAUAAAAGUUCAUCUGUCAUAGCUUUUCAGAUUAAAGAGAUUUUAGUAAAAAAAGAAAAAAGAAAACGUCUGUUGUAGCUUGUUUAGAUCAUUGAUAAACUGAAGUUGAGUGCCACAUUGUUUUUAUGUUUUUUUGUAAUUGUUUAAUUCAGCACUUAUUUGUUUUGUUAGAUAUAUAAAUCCUGUUAAUUUGCUUUAUGAUAUCUUACAUCUGGGGAAAACAGUAUUGUAAUGGAAUAAAAUUCUACUAGGAUGUGCUUUUGUUAGCUGAAAGAUUGUGCCUUUGUAUAUAA